AUGAUUGACCCAAUUGAUAAAAUUAUUGAAGAAACAUUUGUUUAUAAAAUUGAUAUGCUUCAUAAUCUUUCUUUAUCAUCAAAUGCUUCAAUGAUUCGUUACGCUUUAGCAUAUAAAGACUUUAAUCUUAAUGAAAAAUAUCCUGAGGAAAAGAUAGAAUCAAGUUUUGAAUUAACGAAAAAGUAUUGGAAAUAUAAAAUUGAAUCAUAUAAGAAACAAGAUGAAAAAGCAAAAAGAGAUACUAAAAAUAAUGUUUCAAUGGAUGAUUUUCAAUACUAUCACGAUUUAAUCCUUUCAUCUAAAUGCAAAAUGUGUGGUAAAGCGUUUACAUAUGCUAAUAAACCAACAUUGGAUAGAAUCGAUAAUGAAAAACCACAUACUAAAGAAAAUUGUCAGUUAAUGUGUUGUUAUUGCAAUGUCGUAAAAUCAAAUAAAGAUGAAGAUGUUCAACGUUUAAGAAUCAAUUUAAGAAAUUAUGCAUUAAAAAAUAAUUUACCAAUGACUUUAGAUUCAGUUGAAGCUUAUCACAUUCUCCGUAAUGGAAUUACUGGUGGUCUAUCAAAUGUUCAACAUAGAGUAAAUCUUAAAGGAAUCACGCACAUUAAUAAACUUUCAUAUAAUCCAGAAACUAAAACUGUAUCAAAUGAGGACACUUCCAACAUUAUGACUCAUUUCGUUGGUGUUGAUUUUAAUUCAUUAUAUCCUUCAUCAUUUUCAUCUAAUCCUCAUGAUUUCAUUCAAUAUACUGACCAUAAAAUGUAUAUGCCGGGAAGAUUGAAUGGUGUUAUCAUUUGUGAUACAGCAACAAAGAAAGCAAAAGCAUUGGGAAUUAUUAGAAAGAAAAAUACUUUAUUCGUGGCUGAAGUAAAGGGUCACAUUGAUGAAAAAUACAUUAAUGAUUACAUAAACUUUUUACCGAUAAUAAGAAACUUAGAUAUUAUCACAGAUGAAAAAACAAUUGGCAGUUUUAUGUAUAAUUACAUGAAAUCAAACAAUCUACCAGUUGACCAGAAACAGAGAAAAUUAACUCA